UCACCACCUACAUUUACCAAUCUUAACAGAAAAUCGAAGCCCCUCGAGAAAACGAAGAAGAAGAAAACUCGAGAAAUCACCACACAAUAAUAGGGUUUCGAUUUUUCGAGCGAUCUUCUUCAACCACCUCAACCACCACUUCCGAUCCCGUUCGCUUUUCAUGAUUAUCUGCUUCCUCCGCCUCUGAAUUGGUUCCGAUCUUCCCUCUCUCGCCUGCCACCAUGAUCUCCGUGCAGGGAGACCACCACCGCCACCAGUACCACCACCACUUGCAGAUUCCUGGUUCUUCCGACACUUCUCGGCUUCAGUUCACCGCGGAUCGCGUUGAACCGUUCUCCGUUAAGCAGGAACCCUCGCUCACUCUUUUGCCCUUGCGCAGCCAUGAUUCCAGUGAAGUUGAUGAAGAUUUGCAUCUGUCCCUUGCACAUCAAAUGUACAAAUCUGGAAGUUAUAAGAAAGCGCUAGAACAUAGCAACAUUGUCUAUGACAGAAAUCCGCUCCGUACUGAUAACUUACUGCUCCUCGGAGCAAUUUACUACCAGUUGCAUGAUUUUGAUAUGUGUGUGGCGAAGAAUGAAGAAGCACUUAGGGUGGAGCCACACUUCGCCGAGUGUUAUGGGAAUAUGGCAAAUGCAUUGAAAGAAAAAGGCAACAUUGACCUUGCAAUUCGCUACUACUUGAUUGCCAUUGAGUUUCGUCCCAAUUUUGCUGACGCAUGGUCAAACCUAGCUAGCGCAUACAUGCGUAAAGGAAGACUCACUGAAGCAGCUCAGUGUUGUCGUCAAGCACUUGCUAUAAACCCUCUAAUGGUUGAUGCUCAUAGCAACUUGGGUAAUCUAAUGAAAGCUCAAGGGCUGGUCCAAGAAGCAUACAGUUGUUACCUUGAGGCAUUGCGCAUUCAGCCUACCUUUGCUAUUGCAUGGUCAAAUCUUGCUGGUCUGUUCAUGGAAUCUGGUGAUUUCAACAGAGCCCUUCAGUAUUACAAGGAAGCUGUAAAACUAAAACCUUCUUUCCCUGAUGCUUAUCUGAACCUUGGGAAUGUGUACAAGGCUCUAGGGAUGCCUCAAGAAGCUAUUGCAUGCUAUCAACAUUCUCUUCAAACACGACCAAACUAUGCCAUGGCUUAUGGUAAUUUGGCCAGUAUAUACUAUGAGCAAGGUCAACUGGACAUGGCAAUUCUACACUAUAAACAAGCUAUUGGAUGUGACCCCAGAUUUUUGGAAGCUUACAAUAAUUUGGGUAAUGCUCUAAAAGAUGUUGGCAGAGUGGAGGAAGCAAUCCAGUGCUAUAAUCAAUGCCUUUCAUUGCAGGCUAACCAUCCACAGGCUUUGACCAAUCUUGGAAAUAUAUACAUGGAAUGGAACAUGGUAGCUGCUGCUGCUUCAUAUUAUAAAGCUACACUGAGUGUGACCACUGGAUUAUCCGCUCCUUAUAACAAUUUUGCUAUAAUCUAUAAGCAGCAGGGAAAUUAUGCAGAUGCCAUAUCAUGCUACAAUGAGGUCCUCCGCAUUGAUCCCUUGGCUGCUGAUGGUCUGGUAAAUAGAGGGAAUACAUUUAAGGAGAUUGGUAGAGUUAGUGAUGCUAUCCAGGAUUACAUACGUGCAAUUACUGUCAGGCCUACUAUGGCUGAAGCCCACGCUAAUUUGGCGUCAGCUUAUAAAGAUAGUGGACAUGUUGAGGCUGCUGUGAAGAGCUAUAAACAGGCAUUGAUUCUUCGUGCAGACUUUCCUGAAGCAACUUGCAAUCUCCUACAUACACUUCAGUGUGUCUGUUCUUGGGAGGAUCGUGAUAAAAUGUUCAAGGAGGUUGAAGGGAUAAUCAGGAGACAGAUUAAUAUGUCAGUUCUUCCAAGUGUCCAGCCUUUCCAUGCAAUAGCAUAUCCACUGGACCCCAUGCUUGCUCUGGACAUUAGUCGAAAAUAUGCUGCACACUGCUCUGUAAUUGCUUCCCGUUUUGCUCUUCCACCAUUCAGCCAUCCCGCUUCUAUUCCAAUCAAGCGGGAGGGAGGUUACGAAAGACUAAGGGUUGGGUAUGUGAGUAGUGACUUUGGUAAUCACCCCUUGUCACAUCUCAUGGGAUCUGUUUUUGGUAUGCAUAAUAGGAAGAAUGUUGAGGUAUUCUGUUAUGCCUUGAGUCCAAAUGAUGGUACUGAGUGGAGACAGCGUAUACAGUCUGAAACAGAGCACUUUGUGGAUGUAUCUGCCAUGUCAUCGGAUAUGAUAGCAAAAAUGAUCAAUGAGGAUAAAAUACAAGUCCUUGUCAAUCUUAAUGGUUAUACGAAGGGUGCCAGAAAUGAGAUAUUUGCUAUGAAACCUGCACCUAUUCAAGUUUCAUAUAUGGGAUUCCCUGGAACAACAGGGGCUUCUUACAUAGACUAUUUAGUCACUGAUGAGUUCGUGUCCCCGUUACAGUAUGCACACAUUUAUUCUGAAAAGAUUGUCCACCUGCCCCAUUGCUACUUUGUUAAUGAUUAUAAACAGAAAAAUCUGGAUGUGUUGGACCCAAACUGCCAGCACAAACGAUCAGAUUAUGGUCUACCUGAGGAUAAAUUUCUGUUCGCAUGCUUCAAUCAACUUUACAAGAUGGAUCCUGAUAUAUUUAACACAUGGUGCAAUAUUCUUAAACGUGUACCCAACAGUGCACUUUGGCUCCUGCGAUUUCCUGCAGCAGGCGAAAUGAGACUGAGGGCAUAUGCUGUUGCACAAGGGGUACAGCCCGAUCAAAUAAUUUUUACUGAUGUUGCAAUGAAGCAGGAACACAUCAGACGGAGUUCUUUAGCAGACUUAUUCCUUGACACGCCUUUAUGCAAUGCACAUACAACUGGAACAGAUAUAUUAUGGGCAGGCUUGCCAAUGGUUACUCUGCCUCUUGAGAAAAUGGCUACUAGAGUCGCUGGGUCACUCUGUCUCUCGACUGGACUCGGGGAGGAGAUGAUUGUUAGCAGCAUGAAAGAGUAUGAAGAAAGGGCAGUAUCACUAGCUCUGAAUCGCCCGAAGCUUCAAGCUCUUACUAACAAGCUCAAAGCAAUACGCACAACCUGCCCUCUAUUCGACACAGCUCGCUGGGUGAAGAAUCUGGACAGAGCAUUUUUCAAAAUGUGGAAUCUGCAUUGCUCUGGCCAACGCCCACAGCAUUUUAAGGUCACUGAAAAUGAUGUUGAAUGCCCUUAUGAUAAAUAGCCAUAGGAAUUACCGAUUUAGACGGGAAUGUAAAUAAAAAGAUCAAGAGAAAGUCGUAGUUAACCCCCAGUGUCUAAGAGGUUUACUAGAAUUUGAGGGGGGAAAUGGUGACGUAGUUACUCAAUAUGUCGAUCAGUUAUCUAGUUAUUGUUCAUGAAUUGCCCUGUAUUAUUACUAAGGUACAAAGUUGUAUUUUUAUUUAUCCUAGAAAAUGUUUGUCUUUUCAAA